CCCGUCACGAGCCGCCUAACAGGAAGUAGCUCUCGAACUUGACAACAAGAAAGGCCGACAGCUCGGUGAAGUCUUCCUGAACACACCCCCUCCUAAAAUGGCACUUCUCUGACAUUGUUUUUACAUUUGCUUUUAAACCUUCCAAGUCUUCAUAGUUUUAACCCAUUUUAAAGCCUUUCAAAGAGCAGAGGUGCAGCAAUGACAGCCAGUCACACGUUAUGUGCGCUCCUGAUCGUCUCCAUAACAGCAUGCAGUCAUUUUGAGCCUGCAGACUGCUCCUCCCAUUGUGGCCGCGCUCCUCAGGUCAUCGACAGUAAAGUAGGGGAGAUCAGGAGUUCUGCCUACCACAGCUGGUCCUACCACUUUGGAUAUACCUUUGACUGCUGGGUCAUUAAGGGUUCGGAGGAUGAACCUAUUAUUCUCAGCUUUUCUCAGUUCUCUGUGCGAUGCGAAAAAGAAUACUUGUCUAUAAAAUCAUCGGUUGGAGGAGAGCCGCAUGUCCUCUGUGGCAGCAAGCUGCCUCAGCCGCUGGAGUUUCCAGGGGGAAAUAUAACCCUGAUGCACCACUUCUCUCCCCAAGAGUUCCCUGUAUCAUUAUUUAUCCUAAGCUACGCCAGAGACUCAGGGGACUGCCCAGACACGUCGUUCCAAUGCCCCGAAGGUCGGUGCCUCCCACUCUCCUGGCGCUGUAACGGGCAGGUGGAGUGUCUCGGUGACGGCCUCCACAGCGGCUUAGAUGAGGUGGGCUGUGACGAUUAUGUGGACUACCCAGAAGUUAAACCUGUGAGUUACACGGACAGAAUCACAGGCCUGGACUCUGACAACAGCAGGACCAAUGACAAAAGCUGGGUCAGAUCUACGGAGCGGUACACCUUCCCUGAAACGUGGCCACGGCCCAGGGACCAGCCCACUCAGAAAGAGCUUGCUGUCACACCUACUCCCAUUGAGUGGCCCUGCGGAGGCCUUUUUCAGACCUUUUAUGGGACCUUUGCAGCUCCGUCGUCUGUUUUUGGCACAAUGACCUGUAUCUGGACCCUGGACCCCGAGGACCCCAGGCCGCUGAGACUCGACCUGCAUCGCAUUAUGCUGGGCCAAUUUGACAGAAUCACUGUCUACAACCAAGGGGAGGGCAAAGGAGAAGCCAUCAAAAAUAUCACCAGUGUUUUCAAUGGCAAAUCUGUCAAAGUAGAGUCCCACACCGGGCUCAUGUCACUGGUUUUUGACAAAGCUGCCGACUCCAUGGUGACCGGUUUUAAAGCCACCUUCCACGUGGGCAACUACUGCCCACCGUCGGAGACUCGGUGCGGGGGAUCAUCAGGGGGCUGCUUCACCAAGGAGCAACGCUGCGAUGGGAAGUGGGACUGCCCUGAGACCGGGAGGGAUGAGCUGGGGUGCAGAGGCUGCAGCGAGAACCAGUUUGCAUGCGGGCUGAUGACACAGGGGGCGGUGGCGUCCAGGCGCUACACAGGCACGCCGGUGUGUUACCCGGUGACGGAGCGGUGCAACUACCAGCUGUAUUGCACAGACGGUAGCGACGAGAAGGACUGCAGCGUCUGUCAGCCUGGGACCUUCCAUUGUGACAGCAAUCGGUGUGUGUUCGAGAGCUGGCGCUGCGACGGCCAGGUGGACUGUAAAGACGGCACCGACGAGCUCGACUGCACCGUCAUGCUUCCUCGCAAGGUCAUCACCGCGGCAACGGUGGGCAGCCUCAUCUGCGGACUGCUGCUGGUCAUCGCCAUGGGCUGCACGUGUAAACUGUACUCGCUCAGGACCAGAGAGUACAGCAUGUUUGCUCCGAUAAGCCGUAUGGAAGCCCAGAUGAUCCAGCAGCAGGCUCCUCCGUCCUACGGCCAGCUGAUCGCCCAGGGCAUCAUCCCUCCAGUGGAGGACUUCCCCACAGAGAGUCCCAAUGAGGCUGCGUCUCUUUCUUUGAGGGGAAUCCUCCAGCUCCUCCGUCAGGACACCUCCAGCUCGCCGCACCGCAGACGCAGGCCGCGUUUCGUCCGCCGGGCCAUUCGCCGCAUGCGGAGGUGGGGCCUCAUCCCCAGAACUUCCAGCCGGCAGAAUCAGAGCUCCAGCUCCAACCAGCAGGAGGGGAACUCCGCCUCCUCCAACCAGGAAGCGACCCAGUCCUCUCCCGCCAGAUCCUCGUCGGCCGUGGAGGCGGUCAACCAGCCGGUGCCUCAGAAACUUGGCCUGUUGGCCCAGGCAGAGCAGCAGCAGAUGACGGCGUGGGAGGAAGUUCCCGCCUCUCUCCUGCCGCUGUCCCCGCCGCCCAUCCUCUCCACUCCACCCCCUCCGUACGCUCCCCCAGCCCCCACUGCGUCUGCUCCUCAGACUCCUCCUGUCACCGUACCCCCAAGCAGCCCCUCCCUGGCCUCCAUCUUCCACACAAUAGGCCUGAGUAUGUCCCGCUUCAGAGCCUCCCCCUUCUCCUCCUCCACCAACUACAUGCCUCUCUCUGCCUCCCCCUCCUUCUCCUCCUCCUCUUCUUCAGAUGACGACGUGCUACUAAUCCCGCUGUCUGAGGAAACCACCUCAGAGGAUGAUGUUCCCAUGCUCACCUGAAUGACUUCCUCACACCUCCCCCCUCCCUCACUCUUAACAAAUGAAACCCAGUCUUUCCACAUCUGACUUUGAGCACAGGAGCGCCCCGACCCCCCUCCCUCAGUAAGACUCAUCCUCCUUGUGCACAUCUGGUGCCUUUUUAAAUCGUUUGACUUGUCGACACUUUAAAUCAAUUUUCGGACUCUUUAUGAGAACCUCCCUUAAAGAUGUAGAUGACGGCCAUAGAUGUUGAUUAGUUUUAGACGUGCACUAAGGGAAAUAAAUCUCGGCUGCGCAGAGAAGGGAGACUUUUGCACAGAAGGAUUCCCCCCCCCCAUCCAGCUACUGAGGCAGGUUACUGUCGGACUGAAAUCAUCGCAUCUGUGGG